UAAUUUUCUCAUAUAUAACCAAGAAGCAGAGCAACCAACAACAUACGUUGUUUAUUUACACUAAUCACUUACUUCAGUAUAUAUAUAGAUAUAUAAAUUAUAUAUAUAUAAAUGUCGAUGGAAGGGCUGUUGGGUUUACUGAGAGUUCAUAUACAGAGAGGUGUUAACCUUGCUAUUCGAGAUCUACGUUCUAGCGAUCCUUACGUCAUCAUGCGUAUGGGCAAACAGAAAUUGAAGACUAAAGUGGUGAAGAAAAACAUAAAUCCAGUGUGGGAUGAAGACUUAACUCUCUCUAUUUUUGACCCUCUUCCUGUUAAACUUGAAGUCUAUGACAGAGAUCUGUUUUCCCUUGAUGAUAAAAUGGGGGAUGCUGAAUUCGACUUCACACCAUUCCUGGAAGCAGUAAGAAUGCGUUUGAAAGAUGACGUCCCAAACAAUACGAUUAUAACAACAGUGAAACCAACGAGGACUAACUGCCUGGCAGAGGAAAGCCACAUAACAUGGACUGAUGGAAGGGUUGUCCAAAAUAUGGUUCUCAGAUUAAGAAAUGUGGAAUGUGGUGAAAUUGAAAUUAAGUUGAGUUGGAUCGAUGUUCCUGGUCGUAAAGUUAAUAAGUAGUUUCUUUAUCCUGCUUUGCCAUUUACUGAGUUACUGAGUUUCGAUCCAAUGCUGUCACCUAGUCGAGUUUUAGAAGUGUAUUAUGUAGAUUCAAACGCUAUCUAUGUAAUUUAUUUUUUGGACUGGUGUCAUUUGUUACAAUUGAAUGGUAAUUUAGGCUUUUGACUAUCA